AUGUCAAAAAAGGGCACCAGCAGCAGAGCCAAGGCAGAGAGAACAGACUCAUUUGCUUCCUUGCAAGCUGCCAAUGAAGACCUGAGAGCCAAACUUACUGAUAUCCAGAUAGAACUCCAGCAGGAAAAGAGUAAGGUGAGCAAACUUGAAAGAGAGAAAAAUCAGGAGAUCCGACAGAUUCGAGAGCACGAGCAGCACAAAAACAUUGUUAUUGUGUCUGAGCUAAAGGCCAAGUUGCACGAGGAGAAAAUGAAGGAGCUGCAAGCUGUACGGGAAGCCCUCUUGAGGCAGCAUGAAUCCGAACUCAUCCGGGUGAUAAAAAUCAAAGACAGUGAAAAUCAGAGGCUGCAAGCGGUGGUCAAUGCGCUCCGAGAUGCUGCCCCAGAAAAAGUCAAAACUGUUCUGUACAAUGAGGCCAGGGAGGAGGCCAAGAAAAGCUUUGAGUCGGAGAAAAUAAAAAUGCAGCAGGAGAUCUUCGAGCUAAAAGGAGCCAAAAAACAAGUGGAGGAAGCCUUGACUGUAGUGAUGCAGGCUGAUAAGAUGAAGGCUGCGGAAAUCCGGAGUGUUUUCCACUUACAUCAAGAGGAGAUCUCUAAAAUUAAGCGGGAAUGCGAGCGGGAAAUUAGAAGGCUGAUGGAUGAAAUUAAAUUUAAAGACAGAGCAGUCUACAUGCUGGAGAAAGAGUUAGGUGUGCAAGCCGGCCAAACCCAAAGACUUCAGCUCCAAAAAGAGGCUCUAGAUGAGCAGCUUACCCAGUUCAAAGAAUCUGACCGUCAUCUGGGUAGCCCAAAGAGAGAACUUCCUUUUGCAAGUGGUGCAGGAGAAGCUUCUGAUCAUUCGGGGAGCCCUGAACAGCAGUUGGAUGAAAAGGAUGCUCGUCGCUUCCAGCUUAAGAUUGCUGAGUUAAGUGCAAUUAUCCGAAAACUAGAGGACCGCAAUGCUCUACUGUCUGAAGAGAGGAACGAACUGUUAAAACGUCUGAGAGAAGCAGAAAGUCAGUAUAAGCCUAUUCUAGACAAAAACAAGCGUCUCAGUCGCAAAAAUGAAGAAAUGUCCCAUUCCUUGCGGCGUAUGGAAAACAAGUUAAAGUUUCUAACCCAGGAGAACAUAGAAAUGAGACAAAAAGUUGGGAGAGAUAAAAGAAGACCAAGUUCUCUGAAUGACCUAGACCAAAGUCGAGAAGAAAGUGAGAUCGAUUUUCUGAGACUGCAGAUCAAUGAACAACAAAUAUUUAUUGAUGAACUUUCUAAAACACUGGAAACCGCAGGAUAUGUGAAGAGUGUCAUUGACCGAGAAAAGCUUUUAAGAUUCCGGAAGCAGCGGAAAAAGAUGACAAAACUCCCCAAGCCAGUUGUGGAAACAUUCUAUGGUUAUGAUGAUGAGGCCUCGCUGGAUUCUGAUGGUUCUUCGAUAUCCUACCAGACCGAUCGAACAGACCGUACCCCCUGCACGCCAGACGAAGACGUGGAAGAGGGCAUGGCCAAAGAAGAGACAGAGCUGAGGUUCCGCCAGCUGACUAUGGAGUACCAGGCCUUACAGCGGGCAUAUGCCCUUCUGCAGGAACAAGUGGGUGGAACCCUGGAUGCAGAGCGGGAAGUCAAGACUCGAGAGCAACUACAAUCUGACAUUCAUCAUUACCAAACAAGAAUAGAAGAUCUUGAGAAAGCCAUGUCUGAGCAGGGCCAGGACAUGAAAUGGAUCGAGGAGAAGCAGGCACUUUAUAAGAGGAAUCAAGAGUUACUGGAUAAAAUUAAGCAAAUGGAGACUGACGAAGCCAAAUUGAAACAUGAUGUCCAAGAUGCAAAGGACCAGAAUGAGCUGCUAGAGUUCCGAAUCUUAGAGCUCGAAGAGCGAGAGCGGAGGUCACCUGCUAUAAAUUUCCACCUCAUUCCCUUUCCAGAAGGGAAGAGUCCGCUCCAGGUCUAUUGUGAAGCUGAAGGUGUCACAGACAUCAUAGUCUGUGAGCUGAUGAAAAAGCUGGACAUCCUAGGGGAUAACGCCAAUUUGACAAAUGAUGAGCAAGUGGUUGUUAUUCAGGCAAGAACUGUCCUAAAUCUGGCUGAAAAGUGGCUUCAGCAAAUUGAGGUGACAGAGUCUGCUCUUCAGCAAAAGAUGGUCGACCUGGAACAUGAAAAGGAACUGUUCACUAGGCAGAAGGGAUAUUUGGAUGAAGAGCUUGACUUCAGGAAGAAAUCACUGGAUCAGUCUCACAAGCAUAUCCUGGAGCUGGAGGCCAUGUUGUAUGAUGCAUUGCAGCAAGAGGCUGGAGCCAAGAUGUCUCAGAUACUGUCAGAUGAAGAACGGGACGAGCUGAAGAAUGCUGUGGAGCAGUGGAAACGCCAGGUGAUGAGCGAACUACGAGAGAGAGAUGCCCAGAUUCUCCGCGAACGUAUGGAGAUAAUUCAGCAUGCACAGCAGAGAAUCAAGGAGCUAGAAGAGAGAUUAGAGUUCCAGAGAAGACAGAUAAAAGAAUUAGAAGAAAAGGUAAUUUAGCAGCCUAAUUCUAUUAUUUCAU